AUGGCCCUUAGUUCAACUUCCGUCGGCAGAGCCUUUGGGUUCGGAAUCACAGAGAUCGCAUUCCUUACAGUCUAUGCAGUCACCGUACUUCUCAUACCGCGACUGGCCAUCGUGGCUCGCCUCACGAGUGUAGCCACAUUGUGUGCUCUCACCUACGCGCUGCAGAUCACAUUCUUCCAAUGGUGUGACAAUCCUCACUGGAGGGGAUUCGCCGCUGCAUCUCUUCCGGUCCAGUUUCUUAGCGCUUCAGAAAUAAUUUGGCACCAAAAUCCUCCUCUUCCUGCGGGUAAAACCGCAAUCAGUCGUGUUGUGGGGGCAAUCUCACUUCUCUGGAACAUGCGCCGCAUUGGAACGAAAUGGCAGGUACCAAAUGUCAAGACUACAUUCCUUACGCGAGCACAAUUCCUUCGGUGCAGGUUGGCUACAACCUUCGUCACCUACAUCAUCCUCGACGCAUUCAUUUCCGCACCUGCACCGGCUCCGUCCCUGAUUACUUCCGAUAAACAAUCACUUUUGUUUAAGAACAUGUCCUCCAAGGACAUCGCCUUUCGCAUCAUCGGAUCUGUAUCCUACUGGUUUACCGGAUUUCUUUAUGUCCUCGUCGUCUCUAAUUUGAUUGCUAUCGCCCUGGUUGCGACGGGUCUUAGCUCCCCAAGCGAUCGUCCGCAGCUCUUCGGCUCAGUCAAGGAUAGCUACACACUUCGCAACUUCUGGGGAGUCGUAUGGCACUCAUGCCUCCGCAGCUGUCUUAUCAGUCACGCUGACUUUGUCGCUGAUAAAAUCCUCCGCUUUCCGCGAGGCACGCUGCUUUCCCGGUACACGCGCAUCUUCUCGGCCUUUCUCAUCUCCGGUAUUAUCCACGCUAUCUGCGAGCGUGGUAUGGGUGUAUCGGGCAAGGAAGGCGGCGGACUCGUUUUCUUCCCGGCACAGGCACUUGGAAUUAUGUUGGAGGAUGGCGCGCAGUGGGUUGCAGGAUCAAGGUCUCAGCAUUGGCGACUAAGGCAAAUCAUUGGGUACAUUUGGGUUGUGGCAUUUCUGUCGUGGGCGAGCCCGGCCUGGUUCUAUCCACAUCUGAGAGCAGGAAACGACCCCGGUUCUUUGCUACCCGUAAGGGCAGUAAACCGCUUACUCAAGUUCUAA